AUGCAGGCGUGGAGAGCGAAAACCACCAUCUGGCCGCCAGGCACAUCCCCGAGCCUGCAUCUCGCCGUUUCAUUCGUCCCUGCUCGCUCUACAUCACCCAUCACAUUCACCGUCUCCGCUUGGACUGCCAGGCAAUCAAGUACUCGCCGAAUCGCUGAUCCGUCGUCGCAGUCGGCGGUUGCCAGUCGAGACCAAAACGCCCUGCCUCUCGCCAAAAGUGGACGCAGGACGCAAGACGUUCUCCAUGUUCCAAACGCGCAAGUCUGUCGCCGAUUUUGGAUAUACGAUAAUCACAUUAUCGACCGCCCUUGCCGACUCCCAUUGGCUACCGUUCUGCAUUCUUCACAAAAGCAAAGCGUGCAACCGCAGUCGCACCACGAGGGCCUUGUAGUCGGCCGCAGCCAGCACGAGGCCCCAAACUCCUCUACCUUCAGCGCAACGCAGCCAUGCUCAGACCUGCAUACAGCUGGCUGGACACUGUGCUAUCUGCAAUGUAUGCGAACACAAGAACUGCAUAUGCUGAAUGCUUCCAGGCUAGCCAUUGCCCUAGCUGAAGAAACGGCUAUUGUGCAUGAUAUCUUGACGCCUUGGGACGGGGAAUCCAUGACUGAUUCGACCGACUCUUUGGACACAUCUUCCAGGCUGACUGUGCAUACAAGUGACAGUGACACAAGGUCCCGCUAA